UUUUAAACACAUUUAUACUUGAUAAAAAUUCGUCAACAUGUUUGAAAUAACAAGAAACUUUUUACGCGACAACUUUUAUUUAGGUUAGCCCAAUACGAAUUUAAGUAUUAAAUAUUCCAUAUGGCAGCUGUUGUAAUAGAGAAACAAAGAAGAAAAGAAAAUAGACAAAAAGGAAAGAAAAUAGCAUCUUGCAACGAAAAAGAACAAAUUAUCAAAAAUGUCUUCAAUCAGAAGAGUUUUUAACAAAGACUGGACAAAUGAAAGUUGGGCCAAAGGGUGGUUGAAAUCAAUACGAGAAGCACCUGUGACACAACAAUCAACAACAAAAACCUCGUGGUGUUUUGCUUGCAAUUUAUCAUUGGAAUCGCAUAAAAAAGACCUGCGGAAACAUUCCGAAACUAAACGCCACAAAAACAACAUGGCAAUAAUACACACUUAUCCAUCGCUUUCCGACUGUGGUGUUGUGCCUAUUUCCAAUACGUCAAAAAUAUUAGACAUUAAACUGGCAGUGUUCGUAGCCAAGCAUACAGCUAUUGCAUCUAUUGACCAUUUAAGUGAACUGCUGAAAACUGCAGCAACACAUUCUAAUCCCUUCGAAAAUAUUAAACUACACCGAACGAAAUGUAGCGCAAUUAUAAAAUCUGUUGUUGGCCCAACAAUUAUAGAGGAGCUUGUGUAAGAUAUAGGAAACUCUAGAUAUUCCCUGAUUGUCGACGAGUCAACAGAUGUUUCACAAAUGAAAUGGUUUUGUAUAUGCAUACGCUAUUUUAGCGAAAAGAAAGGUAAAAUUGUUAAUGACUUUGUUGGAAUAUUUAUAGUAGAAGAAGCAAAUGGUGAAAAUCUCUAUAAGAGUUUUAAAGACUACAUAAAAAACAUAGGUUUGAAAAUGUCAAACAUGUUGGCAAUUGGAACGGAUGGUGGAUGCAAUUUAUGUAGCAAGAAUAAAUCAUUAUUUGCGCAUUUAAGAAAAGAUAUACCCAAACUUAUCCUAAUAAAGUGUACGUGUUACUCCCUCCAUCUAUGUUGUUCGAAAGCGUCCAAAGUAAUUCUUAGUACUGCGGAAUUUAUUGUUAAAGAGCUUUAUGGAUAUUUUAGCAAAAGUUCUUUGAGGAACGUAGUAUACAUGCGGGCAUUUGAAUUAAUAAAUACAGGCAAUGACAGCAUCAGAUACCGAAAACUUGUACAACUGUCAAAUACUCGGUGGCUAGCUUAUGCAGGUGCAGUCAGACGUAUCCUAGAACAGUGGAUUGAAUUAAAUAUUACUUUUCAGUCACUAGUACUAAAGAAAAAGACCAUAUGGCUAAAAUGCUACAUCAGGAAAUGAAUGAUGACAAAAAUAGACUCUUUUUAAUAUUUAUUAAUCCGAUUAUUAACGAAAUGAAUCAAUUGAAUUUGGAUUUUCAUUCUGAUUCUGUUGAUUCUGGAAGUUUAUAUGACAAAAUGUAUCAAACUCUUAUUUCGACUUGCGCUAAGGUUUUUACACCAGCAGCUAUGAACUGCUUAAAAAAUGUGGAAGAUAUAAGCGAUGAUAUAAUUAUUGAAGAAACUAUGUUACUUCCGACAAGUGCAGUAGAUUUUGGUUCCGAAUUCGAAAGUGAAUUAAUAAAUAGUAAAUUGGAAAUUGUCGAAAAAACAAUGUUAAAAGAAACCUGUUUUCAGUAUUUUAUUAAUUUAAUAAAGGAAAUGAAAAAACGUUUUCCUACAAAUAUGAAAAUCUUUAAGCAAUUCCAGCAGUUUACUAUUAGCCAAUGCGCAACUUCAGUAAGACAUUUAAAGUUUGCUAAUAUAAAAGAUGUAUUGCAAAAUUUUAUGGAUAAAGAAAUUCCAAUAUAUGUUUAUGAGUCGCAGUGGAAUAAACUCCCCUUUACCGAUUGGAACGCUUAAGUAUACAGUUUUCAGGACGCGUCUGGCACAUAUCAUUAUAAGGAAUUGGCACAAGCAGUUCUAAAUAUGCUUAGCAUCCCAACAAGCAAUGCAUGCAUCGAACGCGUAUUUUCAAUUAUGUCAUUGACAAAAACAAAACUUCGCAGCAGAAUACAAUACGAACUAUUAGAAUCUUUACUAAGAGUAAAUAUAUACUUUAACAUAAAUGACAAUUGCUGUCAGUCUUUUACGCAUUCAAAAGAAAUGUUAAAUAAAUUUAAUUCCAAAUGUAUGUAUAGUAUUUCACAAACCAAGGAUAAUGAUAAUGAAUCAGAAGUUUAUGAACUAAUGAAUUUUUAAAAUACAUAUCUAUUACUUUAUUGUAACUUGUUUUCAAAAAAACUAAAUUUUUAAUAUGUUUUGUUCAUAUAUUUUAUAUAUAUAAAACAAUCUUUUCUUUCGAAACUGAAAACUGAUCUCCAUUUAAAUUUAAUUUGACUUUUUGUUAUUUUUUAUUUAAUAAGUUAUUUACAUGAAUAUGUUUUUAUGUUUGAAUUGUUAUGUUUCUUAUGUUUGAAUUGUUUUUAAUAAAUAAAUUGCAUUGUAUUUAAGGGCAA